AUGGCCUUCCCCGAACCAAAACUACUCCGCGGCAACGACCCAUCCGACGUAUCCUUCGCCAGCGAAACCUACUCCCUAACCAGCGAACAAAUCCACACCCUCCAAUCGCGUAGCGCAUCCGCGAAAUCCACCGCUACUGGAGCAUAUAUCGAUGGCGCGAAUGUAGAAAAUGCAGCGUAUCCGGUGGGAACCUGUGCGGAGAGAGUUGCGUUUGGGAAGGCGAUUACGGAGGGGCAGAGAGGGUUUCGGGCGAUUGGGGUGGCGACGGAUAUUAGUCCGCCGGCGAGUCCGUGUGGGAUGUGUAGACAGUUUAUCCGUGAAUUCUGCGAGCUGGAUAUGCCAAUUUUUAUGUUUGACAAGAAUGGGGAUUUUAUGGUUGCGAGGUUAGGAGAGCUCCUACCAUUAUCUUUUGGACCAGAAGCACUACCACCGAGGGAAAAAUUGGCUGAGAUUGAGAGGUGA